UGUUGCACUGACAGACGGCGGGGUGGGACACGACCACCAACACCCACGAAGUUUCUGCUAAACUUUCUGAUCUGACCUACAGCCUGGAAUCACCAGAUACGUAACAAGGUUCCUCCGACAAGUCAUGGCGGACACCGUGAUCACGGCAGAUGAAGCAGCUGUUGUGGAGGCAGGUUCAGUUGAGAACCCUCUGGUAGCAGUCACUUUCCAGAGAAACGUCCACAGGAAGGAGAAGUAUCUGGAGGCUGAACCCAAAGCUCUGGGGAUCACUCAGAUUGGCCUGAGUGUGUUUCAGGUCAAUUGUGUGAUUGUGUUCCUGGCUAAAGGCCUGAGUGUCAUGGAGAAUGACAUACCUUUCCUCAUUGCAUCUCUGCUGGUGGUAAUAGCAGGCAGUGUGGCUAUAGCAGCACAGAACCUCCACCUGCCCACGCUGCAGGGCUGUUUGGGGAUGCAGGUUGUGGCUUGUGGCGCCUCCGUCUUCAACAUCCUCUUUAAUCUGGUGAAAGUGGAUAGUGUGCCUCCUUCCUGCUGGCAUUAUUACUACGAAAACACCUCAUUUACUAAUGCUGAGAUUUGCCAUGUUAUUCAGGGCACCCAGGCCCACUUUUAUGCUGAAGGUGCGGUCAUCCAGGCGACUCUGUUGGCCAUCUCAGCUGCUCUGGCUGCCUAUUGCUGCAAGGUGGUCAACUGCUGCUCGCCAGCUCCCAAAAUGCCGGUGAUCACAGUACAAACCCCCCCUGUCCAGCAGUGAGGAGACAAACUGGACCAGCGCAGAAGACACAUGUACAACCACAUACAAACGUAACACAAAGUUAAAGCUGCACUCAUUCAUAUUUUUAUGUUAAUGAAUGCUUGUUGUCAUGAACCAUAUAUUUUUUUACACUAGAUAACAUGUUUUUAUAUGUACUAACUCUCUGUUCAUGUGAACUUUUAUCAAAGUAUGUCAAAAAGUAAAGUCAAAUAGUAAAGUCAAGACAGCAAUCUGAUGAAAUUGGACCCAUUAAAGGUGCAGUGUGUAGAAUUUAGUGGCAUCUAGCAGAACAGACUUGGCAGAAACAGAAUAUAAUAU